ACAUGGCAGGAAUUUAGCAAGGAGAAACAUUUGACAUGUUGGACUCUAUUGGCAAAGCGUAUGCCUAUUUGCAAAGGGACAGCUUGACACUGAACUAUGUAAUGCGAUUUCACGUCCCAGGCUGUACGACUGUCUGUUUACGCCAUGCUUCUAAGACGCUGAACGUAAGAAACAAGCAGCCCUGCUUCCAGUCUUGCUGAACUACAAGUAAAAAUGGACAGAGUAGAGGAUGUGAGAGUUGCAGGUCAGCAACAGCUGGCGAACCCACGACAUAAUCUUCCGACUUCCGAAUCCGUGCCAGCGCGGUGGGUAUGCUGCACAAGGCACAUGUAGGGAAGGGGAUCCUGGGUGCGGGAUAGGAAUGGGCAGGCACAGCUCAUCUUACUGGAAAGCUCGCACUUUGGACUCUGGCUGGGCACUGACUGACUCAGUCCGCCUCCUUCUUCGUAUCAGGAGUGUUAAAGACAGGGAAAGCAGCGCUUAGAGGGGGACUCAGCCAACCCCUGUGUCCACUUCCUUCCCCUGCAAAGGAGGGGGGUUGGGGUACAGUUCUACCCACCCCAAUAGUCCCAUACUAAAGCAAGCAGCACCAGUGCAGCUCGGGUGACCUUCUGCGAUCUGUCUCGCCUAGCCCCUCCCAGUCGGCUCGGGUUCUGUGGCGCAUCCCACCCCCCAUUCCUCUCUCUCCAUGCUCGGAGCAUUGUGAGACAACUGGGAGUCGCGGUGUGUGUGCAGUGGGCUCUCGGGAAACGGCAGCCCUUGGACUGUGUCAUGGCGCGGAGGAGAGGAGGGAACCCGUCCCUGAGUGCUGCCCUCGCCUUGCUGCUGCUAUGCAGGCUGUGCGGCUCAUUUGCAGGACCUGUUCAUGUGGACCCACAUGUAACAGCAGUUUGGGGAAAGAACAUUACACUGAAAUGUUUAAUUGAAGUAAAUGAAACAAUAACUCAGAUCUCAUGGGAGCGAAUUAUUGGCAAAGGUGCACAAACCAUAGCUGUACAUCACCCUAUUUAUGGAACAUCGUUUGACGAGUCAUAUCAACAAAGAACGACCUUCAAAAACACUUCUCUUCAUGAUGCAACCAUUGUUAUAAGUAACAUUGAAUUUUCGGAUGCUGGAGAGUACAUCUGCAAAGCAGUCACAUUCCCACUUGGAAAUGUCCAGUCAUCAACUACUCUUACAGUGUUAGUUGAACCAACUGUGAGCAUUUUAAAGGGGCCUGAACCCUUACUGGAUGGUGCUAAUGAAACAGUAGCAGCAUAUUGCUCAGCUGCUACUGGAAAGCCUGCUGCAGAAGUGUCCUGGGAAGGGUCUCUUGGAAGAAUGGAAACAAAUGUUACAUCUUAUCCAAACAAAACAGUGACUGUAAUGAGCCAGUACCGCUUGGUUCCAAGCCGGUUUGCAAGAGGAAGAAAUAUAACCUGUGUGGUGAAGCAUCCUGCUCUGGAAAAUGACAUUAGGUAUCCAUUUACGUUGGAUAUACAGUAUGCCCCUGAAGUUUCAAUAACUGGAUAUGAUGAUAAUUGGUUUGUUGGUAGAACAGAUGUUUAUCUUAAGUGCAAUUCUGAUGCUAAUCCGUCUCCUACUGAAAUAAAAUGGACAAGGUUAGAUGGAAUUUGGCCUGAAGGCUUACAGUCUGUAAAUAAUACACUACUUUUCAGCCUCCCACUUACUCACAAUGUUUCUGGGAUAUAUGAGUGCAAAGUGGCCAAUGCACUUGGUCAGAAAAGUGACCAAAAGAUCAUCACAAUUCUAGAUCCUCCUGCUACUACCCCACCUCCUACAAUACCACAGACCCACUCAACUACUGAUAUUGUUGGCAUAGAAACAUCUUCAAAAAAAAUUCAUAUUCCAGCCUCCACCUUGGCUACUCUGCAGGACGGAAACUUUGGCACAAUCGUUGGCAGCGUAGUUGGCGGGUGUCUCUUUCUGAUACUGCUGAUUGUGAUUUUUGGGAUAAUCUACUAUAGGAGGAAACAAACAUUCCGUGGUGACUACUUUACCAAGAGCUACAUCCCUCCAUCCGAUAUGCAAAAGGAGUCUCAAAUAGAUGUUCUUCAGCCUGAAGAUCUGGAUCCUUUUCCUGAGAAUCCCAAAAAAGAUAUUAAUAUUAAAGCAAAUGAUCAUAUCUAUAAUGAAUAUCUUCAGGAUGUAGAAAACUCUGGUUGGAACAAUGUUAUUACCUAUGAUCGAUACCAGGAACACUUUGACAGGCCAAUGACUAACUAUCCUGAUAAACAAAUGCCUGUUGUAUCCAGGUACAAUAAAAACUGCUUUAAUGACAAUGAAGAUGACCUUGUAUCACAUGUGGACGGUUCUCUCAUCUCACGGAGAGAGUGGUACGUUUAGUGAGAGACUGCUGGGGAAAAAAACUUGAUAGUGCAUUCAACUACAUGAUAAGAUGGGGGUGGGGUCACGUGACCUCUUAAAACCACUUGUUUUUUUUUUAUACCCAUUUACCUUACUUUCGAAGUGGAUGGGAUGAGUACAAAUGUGGUCUCCUGCAUCUGUUUAUUUGAAAUAUGUAAAUAUAAUCAAUACACCGAAAAUUUGAUUAUUAAAUCGUAGAAUUCCCAAGUCGGGGAGAAGUUAGGUAUCAGAGGUAACGCUGAGUGUAUAAAUCUAGUCCUUAAGCAACCCACAUUAGAAAAGGCUGCUAAUUAUAGACAGAGUAUUCCAGUUGUGCUUUCUAUAGCUAGAUUGCAGUAUGGCUGGUCCCACUCUCACAAGCACUGCAAACCAAAUAACAUUGAUUUCUAAAAUGCCUCCAUGUUCAGUAGAAUUUUUCUUUCAAACAAUCCAAAUCUGAUAGCAUACCAGCAGCAUUAUCAAAGGACUGGCCAUGUUAUCUGUCAAUAUAUAACAAAUUUGGCUUUUUAUAUUUUAAAAGUUAAUUGUUGUUGCAUACAUUGUUUUUUUCCUUUUUAUUGAGCAAUACAACUUAAAGGGAAAGUGUUGGCAAAAGUUCAUUAUUUUUCAAAGCACCUUUACAUAUUAAGUACAUUCAGCAUAUCUUUGCUGGGACUCUUACUUUAAUAUAAAAAAAUACCAGUCCUUACAUAUUUAACAGGCUCUUUUCUGCUGGAAUGUGCCAGUUUGUUAAAAUUUACCAUACUAUUUGUCUUUACAUGGGCCUCUCUAGCAUAUUAUGCUUUCUGUACAGACAAAAUGGAGAUCCAAAUAACAGAAAGAUCCCUAUUGAUGCUUUAUGGAUAGAUAUGAGAGCUUAUGUCCAAAAGACAGUUUUAAAAUCAGAGACUCGGUGGGCACAUGGGGUAAAUACAGGCAUUUUACCAGCUGUAUUUUUCUUUUUUUUUUUUCAUUUUUGUAGCUGUAACACAUGGCACCAAGAAACACAAACUUGCCCUCAAUAACAAUCGCCUGAAAACUCUUCAUGUGGCAUGCUUGUUUUCAGUCAUGGAGGGCAAUUUUUGUGCAACAUUGCAUGAAGAACAAACAUAUGGCAAUUCAAAAGGAAUAAUAUUUUUUCUAUCCAAUAUUUUACAUUUUUGUUUGACUAUACCUUUAGGGAUUUUCAGCUUGAAAAAUGUUAAUUGAUGUCUGUAGCUCCAAAUGGGGUUUGAACUGGGUUAAACAUGCCAUUGCAAUGCAGUAUAACAUUUGCACAGUGUAGGGGGAAAGGCAUUCUUUCAAUCAUACAGGCUCAAUUACUAAUAUUGCACAGGUUUGCAGCAGUGCAAUAAUCCAUACAGGCCAUUGGCUUUGAUUAGUAAUCUGCAGGCUGAAUGGUAGAAGCACACUUCUAACUGGGUUCUAUAGGUUGCCUGUACCAUCCUUGGUAAGGUUAAUAAAUAAAAUAAAUUGACUUCUGCAUUUAAAUACUGCGGGGUAUAUAGUAAAUAGACACUUAAUUCUCAUCACGGAAACAUUGUGGAAUUAAAAAACCCUCAGUUUUACAUUUAUGGGUUGGGGAGGACUGGAGUAUUUGCUGUCAAGGUUAUUGUAACCUUUUUCUAUUAAAACAUUGCAAUGAACAUUUAUAGUGUCUCAUACAUAUAAUAACCUUACUAAUGGUGUAACUUCAGGCUUGUAGCAGUGUUAUGUUACAGCUCAGGCAUUACAUAUGUAUCCUGAGGAAUCAGAUACCACCAGGGAAGACUUUUAACACAUCCUAUAAGACUGAAUAAAAAGAUGAGGCCUCAGGACAAGCAGAAACAAAAAAUGUAGAAGCUGCUAUAAGUCACCAUUGGUUUUUUUUGUCUUGGAUAAAACUUUUCCCUUACAGCCUUCUGUCUUUUAUAUGGUUACUGAAAUUCUUUUUAGAUUCUAAUAUACAUUGUUAUGUGCAAUCAAUGGCAGUUCAGCAGCUUUAGUGUUAGCUCCCCAUAAGGAGUGGGUGUUGUCCAUAGCCUAAAUGCUAUCGCAAUAUCAUACAGCUCUAGUUAGUCCAUCAUUGUCAUUUAUAUUAAAACAAAGGCUCUUGCAACUGCAGCUUGGCCUUAAUUUUCAAAAUGCAAGAGCUAUUUAAUUGGAGUUGGUUAGCAAUGUAAAUGAUUAAGGGUUGUGUGUGUGCUGCUCUGUGUAACAUAAUAAUGGGCAAUAAUAAUAAUGGGCAGGAGUAAAGGUGGCCAUACACGUAACGAUCCGCUCGCCUGGCGAGGUCGCCAAGCGAGCGGAUCUUCUCCCGAUAUCCCCACCUAUGGGUGGGCGAUAUCGGGGGAAUUAAGGCUAAUUCGGUCGUUUGGCCCUGGGGCCAAACAAUUACAAUUAUAACGACUGUUAAGGGCACAGUUGGUUCGGGGACCACAUUCUUUAACCUGCCUGAUUGAUAUCUGGCCGAUUUCAGGCCAGAUAUCGGUCGGGCAGGCCAGUCGUUGCUGCCCCUACACGGGCCAAUAAGCUGUCAAAUCGGUCUAAGGGACCGAUAUCAGCAGCUACAAUCGGCCCGUGUAUGGCCACCUUUAAUCAGGAAAUGCCUCUCAGCUGCCACCCAACAUUUUGGACUGAUCCUGUAUGGUUAUAUUGGAGAAUUAUAAUGGUGGCAAUGGGAUGGUGUGAUCCUCGUGUAUGUUGAGGUACAAAUGUGACCAUAUUCCAGCCAAUCAGGGCAACUCCCACCCAACCUCACCUUCAGUUGUAUCAAUUUAUCAUGGUAGUCAUUGCCUUAAGAAUUUAAUAAUUUGUAUUGCCCAUGAAAACCAGAGUGGGGUUUAUGGAGAGCCUGAUGUAUCUGUCAUGCUAAGCGGGGGAUGGUAUGAUCCUCCUGUGGCUUGGAGGACAAAUGUAUAUGGUACUGCAGCUGACUGGAGCAUCCACUCCAAGCCUAACAUAACUGACUGAUGGUGUUUUUAGAUAACUGUGGUAAUGUUGGGCUUGGAGUGUGUUUGUAUAAUAAAUACUUUGGUAGUGAAUUCUAUCAUUGAUAGCAAUUAUUUUGAAUUACUUACCAGUUUCCACAUACAGGGAAAUAUUUUCGCUCUAUGACUUCACGAUGGCUCACAUCCUGAAGUCUGUCACUGCAUCUAUAGAGAGCUAUGUGGUCUAUGGAUCACAGCAACCCAGUAUCAUCCACAACCAAAAGUGGUCAGUGGUUUUACAUCAGAUCUCAGAUCUUACCAUUUACUUAUUGAGACUUUUGGGGAUUAGGCCCCAACUCCCCACAGAACACAUUUGUACAGCCCACAUUUAGUUCUUAACAAAGAUAGAAACUAAAUUUGUCAUUACUUGCAAAUGUACUUAUUGUGUUCCAGUUGUAUCCAGAGCAGCACAGCAACGUUCACUCCAAGUGUUCUGAUUACUGGCAUUCAGAUUGGUACCUCCAUUAAGUGCUUUGGGAACCCUUUUGAAGUCAACCCACACAGUUUAAGAGGAAAAUUGAGGCAACAUAAUACCAUGUGUGCCAUUGUUCUUCGUGUAUAAAGGAAUCUGUUGUACUGCUGAUUGCAGGGGUUGCAGCACUGUCUAUACGUGGGUUUAAGCAAAAAUGAUCACUCACUCACAGUAUUUAGUUUUAUUUUCUUUAAAUCAUCAUGCAUGAUUAAAGGCAUAGCAUAUUGCCUCCACUAGCACCCUUCUACAUGGUUGCAUUUCUAUACAGAAUGUAAAGUAGAACUGCCAUAUUCCACAACAGAACCAUUUAUCAGCAUCCUUGGUGGUUGUAUGAAGUAUUUGGUUGACACAGUGAAACUUAAGGCAAGUGCAAGAAUUAUACAACUUCCUGUUGAUAAAUACGAUCUAUACAAACACGCCAAUGCUGUAUUUCUUCAUGAAGUAUUUCAGAUGUACUGAUAGAGUGUGUGUUCCCAUUCAGCCUGUAAUAUUAAAGGUCCAGUAGCACAUAAUACACGAUUGUGUAUGAUGUACUGUCACUGUACUAGUAAACCGUCAAUGUGUGUUUUAGCAGCUCUAAUAUAGUUUAUAUCGAUAAGCUUCUGUGUAGUCAUGGGGGUGCCACUGAAGUUCCAGUAUGGCUGUAAGACUAACAUUUGUUUCAAAUACAAUGGUUUUAGUACUUUAGUCACAGUAAACAGGCCCAAAUGUCAUCCAUUCCUGCCAACACAUUUUCUACAUAUUAUUAUAAUAUUUCAGCUUGGUCUUAAUGGCUCAUUGUAUCCCUGCCCAAAUCUUUGCGCCAAAGGGUUUCAGCAUGGCCGCAGGUAUCUUUUAGCAUCACUACCAGUCUCUGGGAUUUUCAGCCACACUAUUUGCAUUAGAACUAUUUAUGAAUUAUGAAUAUGUUCAUAUUUUUCUGAUUUGUAUGAAGCAAUGUCUGUAUUUAUAAUUACCACUUGAUGGUACCAAAUUUCUUUGAAAAUGCCAAAGUAUGCUUGUUCAUUGUAAAAACCCAUGGUACUUUGUAUAUGAAUGUAUGAAUAGAACUGGUCCUGAAGUUCUUAUAUUUAUACAGUGCUGCCUGUAGUGUUUAGGUCAUAUUGACCUGUAUAAAAAAAAGUAAUUUGUGAUUAAAAAGAUGAAAAUAAGUUGAAAGUACAAACUUUAGUGAUUCUUCCACAAAGGUUUUUGCGAUUUCCUACAUUUGUGAGGCUAGAAGUUCAUUAGUGUUGAUAUGAAAUAUUAUGUGCCUAUUUUAGGGACCCCAUUCCCCAUCUUGUGUGGUCAUAGAACACAAAUUAUUUGGCUCAUUAUCAAAAGCGGUUAAACCAAUACAUCACCAUUUGUACCCCAUUUCUUCAUCCCUCAUGGUGCUGGCACUAUGAAUAGUUCCACCCUACUAAACAGCUCCAACAUUUCCCUCUAACUUGUUUGCUUGGGAAUGAUACAAUACCAAAUUCUGUUUCUCUGUGCUAGGCCACUGGCCAGUAUAUAUACUAUACUUAAAAAUCAACCAUGAUGACCAUGAAUCCAUAAAGCAGUUUUUGGCAUUGGCCUAUAUUGAUCCUGACACAUUAACAAACUGCAGCAACAGAUCCCCGAUUUAACAUUGCUCCAUGUGUGCAGUUUGUUUGCGAACCUUGGGUACCUCUGCACUGAGCUGCAGCGCCCUCUUUGGCCUGUUCUCUGGAGUCUCAGUGGGUCGGACAUCCUGUUGCACACAGCUAUUGCACUAAAAUCGGUUCUGGCAAACUGUUUCUCUGUGUAAUGCCUUUGAGGGCUGCACUGGGACCACAAGCCUCCACUUGAACAGCUCUGCGUUAAUACACAUGGUCUUGGAAUUUUUUUGUUGGCUGUUCAUUUGACCCAAUUCAUUUUGUGUACCUUGCUCACAUAUAUAUAAAUUGGCCAGUGCACCAUAGCAAUUGGCUAAAUCAGUGUAUAACUCAGAGGGAUAAUGCUGUCAAUAGUCCUAGCAGCAUCUGCCUAGGCCUGCAGUGGAAGAAGGGAGCUUUCUGGGAAAAGGUUUCAGGAAUCUCAUCUCAAACUUGCUCAUGUGGUGGUUCAUUUUAGCCAAUAGUCCUUGCCUUUCCCCCUCCCCCCCCCAAAAGGCAAUAUGGCACAUACUUUCCCCUUAACCAAAAUGAUGAUACAUACCUUAAUGCAUACACAGACAGACUUUCUCAGCAUGUUUCUACACAAGACGAUAGAUGGUAAGAGCUGCAAAGAGGCUUUUUUUGUCUUGCCAAAGGGACAUGCACAGAAUCAAAGGAAUACUGUAGGAGAAAAAUGUAUAACUUUUGACUGAAAACAUUGUGUAAUAUUGGGCCAGAUUCAGUUUGCUGAAUAAACAAUUUUAAGCUUUUUAUCAUGAAACUGUAUGUAUCAUGAAAAGUGUAUGAGGAAAAUUUGGAGAAGUUUUUCUCAUGAAUUAGUAUUUGGUCCAUUAUAUUGUUCCAACAAUGCACUCAUAUUUUCCCUGUACUAACACAGGAGGAUGCAUGUUGCGUUAAUCCUGUGUUUAGCUCAGGUGAAAACCAACAUGCAUGUUCCUGUGUUAAUACAGCCCCAUUAGAAAGAAUGGGAUGCAUUUCUUCCUGUGCUCCCAAUCGCAGGAAAAUGCCACUGGAGGGGAGUGCAAGAAGAAUAUAAGUAUGAGCUCUAAGGCAGCAUGUGGGUGCUCAUGCCCCUGGAUGUUGCUCAUUUAUCAAAUGCUUAUUGGAGCAGCAAUGAGCACAGGGUGCAGUGGGAGCUCUGUACCUGUCUAAGGCAGGUCUUAACAGCAGGGCUUCCUUGUGUUGAAAAGUGCUGUGCUGUUGUACUGCAGCUUGGUUAGGUGCAAGUACCAAGUGGGUGGUGCCUUUUGCAUGUAAACAGCAGCCUUGUCUUGCUUUAUGGCAAGUCUAUGAGAGUCUAUAAGAGUAUAUUUUCAUAUCAAUGUCACACAAGAUUUAGAAGCAUUGGUCUCUUUUUAUCUAAGACAAACUUAGCAUAUACUACACCACUGAGACACAGAAAGCUUAGCUAAGGCAAAGUAAAUGAGUGCAUUGAAAUAGGCCCUGAGUUCAAUUCCAGUCAGGGCACUAUCUGUGUGUUCUCCCUGUGUCUGCUUGGGUUUCCUUAUUUUAAAAACCUAAAUUGUUCUAUUUAGAUUGGUGAGAAGCUGUUCAAAGGGAUUAGUAUGCUUCAAAAUGUUCAUUAUAGGGCUGUAUGUGUUGCAUUGUGGUGUCUCCCAAAGAGCCAUACUGUGUUGUCUUCUAUGCCUUACACUGUCAUUGGUCAGUCCAAAACUUGCUGCCUUGUCUAUUACCACAAGCACUACUGCAUUAUGGGUAGAAAUAGUACAAAUCAGCUGUAUGUUAAUGAUUGUACAGUACAUGCAAAAGUCUGUGUGCUAUUGGGGUGAACUAUUUGGCAAGAAGCAUAGCAACAGCUUAGUGGUGGCCUAAAUGCCGCCAUGGUCUGACUCCAUUUUUAGUAUACCAAUUAUUACACUAGCAACGACAUUUUCCUCUGUAAAUAAGCGAUGACUUAUGGCUGUUUAUAGGGGCUUUGAAUAUUGCCUCCCAAAUACUAAAAUAACUGAAUGUAAUUCAUAUCUGUUUUAAUGCUCAAGAUUAUAAAGAGAAUAAAGCUGCAUUGGAGCAGCAUCUUCACCAAUUUUACGAAAUGGCUUUUCAAUUUAAGUACAUUUUUCUCUGCAGUCUUCCAAAUUUUGUAUAUUGCGUAUGCGCUAGACUUUUCCACAGUAGCUCUAGAUUUGUAAUGAAUUACACAAAUUAUUUCUAGACGAAAGCUUUUUUUAUUGUUUCAGUUACAGCAGGUUGUAGCCGAGUGAUUAUUUGUUUACACGUUGAAUUGUUUUAUAUAAUGUUCUGAAUUUACAGAAAAUUGUACGAUUGGUCCUAAAUUCAUUUUAGAAAAAAAUGAUCAUUUUUCAAACUGCUACCGGUAAGGUCGGUCCUUAAUUUCAUCCACUCAGCAUUGUGUUUGAUUAUGAAAUGUGUAUGAUUUGCUGCUAAAUGCGGCGCUUGCAUUUAGAGUUCGAACCACAAUUCAUGUUGAAAAUGUCUUAGAUAUAUCUAUAUAUUUUGAAUAUAUUCACGUUUACAUUCAGUAACAAGUCGCUUGCUGCUUUCAGGGAUGUAUUUACCUGUGAAUUGAAAUUCACCAAAAAAUGAAGUCUGUCAAGAGUAGUGGGUUAUGAAAUCCAUUUUUUUUCCGAUCUCUACGUAAAUCUACUUGUUUCUAAUCUGCAAUGUUAAAUUUUGAUGGCUUAGAUGAAGCAACUGAAAAAUGUGAUAUAUAUUUUUUUUUUAUAUAUGAAAAUAUUUUACUUGCGCUUCUGGUAAGUGUUGGGAUGUAACUUUUGGAUUCUGAUUUUUUUUUUUAAUGUACUGCAAUUUGAGUUUACUAAUUUCAAUGAUUUGCUAAUAUAAAUAUUACAUUUUUAUGAUAAAAAUAUUUGUUAUUCUCGAACUGAGCUUGCAGUGAUGUUAAGAUAUGUUUGUUGUAAAACAGGAAUGAUUGUUACUCUGAGCUGAGCGAAAUAAAUUUUUACUGAAUUAC